AUGUACCUUGAUCUUUCCUAUAACUCUAUUUAUGGAAUCAUUCCUCCAGUGUUUGGAAACCUAACAAACUUGAAAGUGCUUUUCCUUGAAUAUGUUGGAAGAUGCGGAGUUGAAAACCUAGAGUGGUUGUCUCAUCUUUCUCACUUGGAGGAGCUUAGAAUGGAUGGGAUUUCCCUAGCCAAACAAAAUCAUUGGGUAGAUGUAAUGUUGAGUCUGAGAAAACUAUCAUAUUUAAGUUUAGAUGGAUGUGAGCUCUCACAGGUCAUGUAUCCAUAUUCUUCUUCAUUUCUCAACUCUUCUUCAUCUAUUCAUAACCUUUCACUUGCAAACAACAAUCUCACCUCAUCCAUCAUUUCAGACACAAUUCCUCUGGAGUUUUGGGAUGCAUGGCCUUCUAGAUUAAGAUAUUUGAAUCUCUCUUCCAACAACAUCAAAGGGGAAGCAUCAGAUUUAUCAUCAAAUUUUGCCAUUAACUCAGUGAUAGAUUUGAGUUCCAACAAAUUUUAUGGUACGAUACAGAAUGUCUCCUCUGCUGUGGCAUUGUUAAACCUUUCCAAAAACAAAUUCAGUGGAGGAAUAUAUUUUUUAUGCCAAAUGGUUGAUGGGUUUUUAGAAUUUCUUGACCUCUCCCACAACUUUCUAACCGGGCAACUUCCAGACUGUUUAUGGCAUUUCAAAUAUCUAAAAGUUCUUAAUUUAGGACACAACAAUCUAUCUGGAAGGAUUCCUUCCUCUAUUGGAUCUUUGAUGGAACUUGAGGCGUUGUACUUAUACGAGAACAACCUUUAUGGAGAAUUGCCUUUGUCUUUGAAGAAUUGUAUGAGUUUGACCUCGUUGAAUUUGGGGGCAAAUAGGUUUUCUGGUAAUGUACCUGUCUGGAUUGGGGAGAAUUUAUGGGGGUUGUAUGUUCUUAUUCUAAGAUCAAACAACUUCUUUGGAACCAUCCCUUUACAAGUAUGUCAAUUACCAAAUCUUCAAAUUUUAGACUUUUCAAGGAACAAUCUCCAUGGAAGCAUCCCCUCAUGGUUAAAUAAUCUUACAAGCAUGGUUCAACAAGGAAUGUUACCGACACAAAACGUACAUUCCCUUUCAACUAGCUGGUAUAGUUCAGGUGUUAUGUAUGAAUUACUUGAUGGUGAGUAUGUUGACCAUGCAAUGAUUGAGUGGCAGGGAGAUGAGCAUGAAUUCACUCGUAACCUGGGAUUGUUGAAGACCAUUGACCUGUCAAGCAACAACUUAACAUGUGAAAUUCCAUAUGAGAUUACAGGCCUUUAUGAACUCAUUACACUAAACUUAUCAAAGAAUGGUCUACUUGGAGAGAUUCCAUUGAAAAUUGAUUGUCAGGGAGAAUCCCAUCUAACACUCAACUCCAAUCCUUUGAACCUGCAAGAUACGAAGGAAAACCUGGAUUAUGUGGACUUCCCCUUUCCAGAAAAUGUCCAGGAGAUGAAAAAAUCACAAGUACCAUUGGUGUUUGGUAAAAAUGUGGGUGAUGGUGAAGACAUAGAUGAACUUGAUAGAUGGUUUUAUAUUGGUGGGGCUACUGGUUUUGCUACUGGAUUUUGGAUAGCCUGUGGCAUUUUACUUGUUCAUCGCCAUGGGAGACAUGCAUUUUUUCAGUUUUAUGAUCGCAUUAAAGAUUGGGUUUAUGUGAAAGUGAUGGUGUUUGUUGUAAAUUUGCCAGACAUUAAAUGCAGGUAG